CCCCGCUCCGAAGCACCGCCCAUCUCCUCCAUGUCGGCCCUCAGCGAGGCCUCCACGCCGGCCCAGGACGCCGCGCCGCCGUCCCUCGACGCCCACCAGCUCCACCACGCCCAUCUCGCGGGCGACCUCCAGGCGCAGGGCGUCCUCCACAACGGCCCCGCGUCCGACUCUGGCCGUAAACCGAAGGCACCGUCUGUGCGCCGGGCCUGCACCGCGUGCCAUGCGGGUAAAACGAGGUGCAGCGAGGUCCUCCCAUGCCAGAGUUGCCUGAAGAGGGGCUUGGGUGAUGGUUGCCAGUACCCAGACCCUGAUGCGGACCCCGCCGCGGCGCACAACCAGCCACCGCCCCAGGUGCAGUUCGCCCCGCCCCCAGGCAUGUAUCCGCCGCCCCCGCCGCCUCCGAUGCAGGCACUAGGGCACGCCUACUACGACUACAACGCCUUUGCGACCAACACGGCCGCCGCCGGCUCGUCCAACUCUGCAUCCAACUUCCGUCCCACCAAGCGUCCACGCAACCUUACAGAAGAGGAGGCGGCAGCCAUCACCCGCAACUUCACGCGCGGCGACUUCUUCGUCGGCACGAGCGCCCCCGUGCGCAUCGACCCCCGUCUUCCCGUCCGACUGACGUUGGCCGAAGGAGACCAGGUCCACUUCACCAUUGGGGAAACAAUUGUUUAGACGGUCCGUGUAUCAUAGCUCUUGUCUUGUAUUUUUGCCUCUAGUCGUGUCAUCUUGUUUUGUCGCAUGUCCGCUUUGUAUGUCGAUCGUUCUCCAGCCUCGUAGCCUCCUAGUCUGAUGAAUGUAUACUGCCAUAUUGUUC